CGCGCUGUAAUCGCUUCGCACCCCUGCCCCGGGGCGAUCCCCGCACGCGGCGGGCUGGAGUCUCGGACGUGACGUGAGCGGGCGGGCGGUCCCCGAUCCCCCUCCCCCGCCUGUAUAAUGGGCCGCGAGCCGCCGCACUGAUUGAGCCGCUGCCGCAUUAGCAAGGGGUGGGGAGCGCUGCGCCGCCGAGCCCUGAGCCGCCGCAGGAGGCAGCCGCGGCGAUGUCGGGGCGGCGCUGAGCGUGGGGUGCGAUGGCCGAGGAGCCGGCGCUGAGCCCGGAGUCGGUGCUGCGGUUCCUGGCGGCGCGGGGCGGGCGGGCGCGGAACGCGGAGCUGCUGGAGCAUUUCCGGGGCUGGCUGAGCCCCCCGGAGCCGGAGCGCCGCGCCCGGGCCCGCCAGCGCUUCAAGGAGCUGGUCAACGCCGUGGCCACCGUGCGCCUGGAGCCCGGCUCCGGCGCCAAGUACGUGCAGCUGCGGCGGCGCUACCGGCCCGCGGGGACCCCGGCUGCGGACAAGCAGGACUCGCCGCCCGGUGACCAGCCCCUCGAACCCGGCGGCAGCGAGGCCGCCGCCCCCCUCGAUCCCCCAGCGGCGCCCGGGCCCGAGCCGCUGCCUGACAUCGCGGACACCGCCCCCGUAGAUCCCCCAGUGGCGCCGGAGCUGCUGCCCAGCAUCGCGGUGACCCCUGAGGAGGAGGCGGACUCGGUACAGCAGAGCCGGGACUCCUCGCCUUGCCCCGAGGGGCAGCCGGGGGAGAUCGCGCCAGCUACCCCGGGGAAGCCGGGCCCCGAGGAUGGGGCGCUUCGGGAGAAGGAUCCCCCCAGGUGCCCGCAACAGCUGCCCCAGGUGGGGAGCAGGAGCGACUUGCCCCGGCUGGGCCAGGUGCCCCCGGGCGGCGGCAGGAAGAGGAGCUCGCGGCACAAUGUGGCCCGGGGGCUGCAGCCGGGGCACGGCGCAGAGGAGCCGCUUGCCCCUGCCCGGCUUGCCGAGGAGGAGGGGGCCGAGGCCGGUUCCGGCUCUCCCUGCUCCCCGGGUAGCUCCGGCGGGGGUGCCACCCCUAGGUCCAGCCGUAAGAACUUCCGCGAGUUGAUGAUGGGCAGCUCCCCCCAGCUGAAACGGAGUUUCUUCCCCGGGGCCCCCCGAGCCCGCGGGGUGGACUCGGACAGCGCCUCGCUGGCCUCCUCCUCCGCCGAGGAAGAGAGCGGCGGGGGGAGCUCGGUGGCGCUGGACCCCCUGGAGCACGCCUGGAUGCUGUCAGCCGCGGACGGCAGGUGGGAGAGCCUGGAGGGGUUGCUGAGCAGCGAGCCGGGGCUGCUCUCCAAGCGCGACUUCAUCACCGGCUUCACUUGCCUGCACUGGGCCGCCAAGCACGGGCGCCACGAGCUGCUCGCCAUGCUCGUCAAUUUCGCUCACAAGCAGCGGCUGCUCAUCAACAUCAACGCGCGCACCAGCGGCGGGUAUACGGCGCUGCACCUGGCGGCCAUGCACGGCCAUCUGGAAGUGGUCAAGCUGCUUGUGGGGGCCUACGACGCAGACGUGGAUGUCAGGGACUACAGCGGCCGCAAGGCUUCCAACUACCUGAGCCAGAGCACCACGGAGGAGAUGCGGAGCCUGGUGGGGGCCCUGCAGGAGGAGGGCGAGGGCGCCGCGGGCAACGAGAGCGGGCGCUGGAGACUCUCCAAGGUGCUCCCCUCCAACCUCAUUACCUACAAACUCUCCCACCACCACCAGGGUGAGGAGGCUGAGUCCAGCGAAGGGGCAGCGGCCCUGGGCAAGGGCAAGGAGAUGAGUAGGAAAGCCUCAACUAGCGGCAGGAUGAAACCACGGCUCAACAAAAUCCGAUUUCGCACCCAGAUUAUCCACACCACCCCCUCUUUCCGAGGGGAGGCUGAGGAGGAGGAGGAGCAGGAGGAGAAGCCACUGAGAACGUCCUUCAAACUCAGACCCAAAUCCAAUGUUUUCGGUUAAGCAGAGAAAUAAGCAGUAUUUAAAUCAGGUGUGUGACAUGCUCCUGAACCCAUUGAGCAUGUAGUGCAGAAGAGAGGUGGUGUUUGCAGGCCUGUGUGAGUGACAAUCCCUCAUCCAGACUCAUGCAUUCUCCGGAGAUAAAGCAAAAUGUCUUGUUUUAACUUCUGAGUUUCAUGAAGUGUAAAUAUCUGCAGGGCUCUUGGGAUUUAGCAGUUUCCAGGAAAUAGCUGCUUCAAGCCAAGCAAUGGGGGGCUUCACAUACUUAAGAGCUGUUUCCUUACAAGUACAGCCAGGGGCAGUGGGUCUGUAAAGAAGUGCUGGGUGUGUAAAAUCUGCAGGCCCCUUCUUUUUAGAAGCUAAGCAUCAGGGUCUGGUGUAUUUAUACUUUGGUUUUAAAGUGAGUUGGAGGGGAGCCAUGAGAAUCCAAAACUUUACAUUUCACUACUAGAUUAUCAACUGGUACUAUAUAUUACUCUUCAUGGACAGCUAACUAUUUAAGUAGAAUUUCUUAAAUACAUUCAUGUAUUUUUUUUAAAGUCUCUCUUUUUCUAAUGGCAAUACCACAGGAUUAAAUAGUUAAGUACAAUACGUGGCUGGUGUGUUGAAACUGCUCUGCUGACUGUCAGGAUGUCUGUAGACAUUUGGGCUCCGGUCCUCAAAGACUUAAGAUCAGUCUUAACUUUACCUGUUCAAAUCACAUAAUUCAAAUAUGGAAGUCAAUGGGAUGGGUUACAAAGGGUAUAGUUAAGCUUGGUGUAAGUCUUUGCUGCUUAAUUGAGGUACUACUGAACUCUAUUAGAAUUGGAAUGCUAAUGCAGAAUAUAGUAGCAUGAAUGAAAGGUCUUUUAUACAUUGAAUAACUACUAAUUUCUGUAUCCAAGCAAUUUUUCUUUUAUAAUCACUGUGAACUCUCAAAUACUACAUCUAGUACCAUUUGAGUUAUUGAUCUUUGAUCUGUCGCCAACACUACACUAGAGUAAUAGCAACAUAUUUUCAGUUGAUAUAAUUAUUUUUAUUCAUGUAAAACUAGGUAAUUAUGCCACACAUCUCCUCCAAGAAAAUCACUUUCCUUAAAAAGGAGUAUAGAUGCUGUUGUAUGAGAGCUUCAUAAAACUAAUAAGAUAUUGAAAUGCUAUAGUACUGUUCUAUGCAUUCAAUAAUUGUGUGCUGUAGUAUCUACUGGCUCCUUCAGUGUAGUAUAUGCAGAAAUGCUUACAAACUAUGGUAGGGUGAAGGACCUAGGAACUCUUUUCUAAGGCCAUCUCUGUACCUGUUUGUUUAGUGUAUUGAGUAAAAGCUGCUUAAUGAGAGAGUUUGAUUUUUUUUUUUUAAAGUAGUGUGGCAACAUUCAGAUUCUGACUCUCUAGUAAAACUGAUUAAAAAUCAAAUCUCUCUAGUUUGAAACUUCAAAAUCCUUCCUGUCUCUAAAAAAAACAAAACCCAAACAAAUGCACUGGAAAUUCUCAAAGUAAUUGUUUGAGAAAUUCUCAAUCUCAGACAGGUCUAUUCUAAACUUGUUCUAUACAGUCUUCAGAACUUUAUUGGUUUAUCUGCUGUUCAGGUCAGUAAUUCCUGCAAAUCUUGGAAGGCAUACUUAGUUAAAAUAGCCUUUCUUCAAAAAGAGAGGCAUUGUGCUGGUCCUACAUCAUGGAUGCAGCUGGCCAUUGAAUCAUCUGUGCAUAAAUGUCAAAAUACUGCCAAUGAAAAAUGUUUAAGUUACACUAUCUUGUAAUGUAUGUGCAUAUUUGUAAAAUCUUAUCAAGAGUAUGUGACUUUAGAAAUGCAUAAAAUCUAAAUCUGAGGCACUAGUUAACUUCAUGCUGCAAGGGCUAGAAAUCAGUAUAUUGGGGGAGUUGCUCCUGAAAGAUCUGUGCUUCUCCUGUUGACAGCUUUCUGCAUUUUGGUAGCAAUAGCAUGAGUGCCUGCAAUAGAUAAAUAAGGUAGAUGUGGGGGAGGACUUUGCCACAGAUCACUUUCCAGAUUUUGCAUGACUGUUGACCUUAGUAAGCUAUGAUAGUCACAUAGGUAGGCAAUUGAUACUAUGCCAAACUGUUACUAGAAAAACUGACCUUGAUGAGCAGUUUAAUCUAUUUUACACAUUAUUUAGGUUCAGGUCAUUGUUUUUGUUCAGAAACACUAAAAAUCAUGGGGGUGUUAACUUUAUAAUCUAUAAGAUAUAAUGUAAAAUUCCAUUUGCCUUCACUUAUAGUUGUACACUACAAACAUGGGUAUAUUCAGUCCUGAAAAGCACUUUCAUUCAUAUGUAUAUGGGGCAGGGCUAACAGUCUUCCCUCAGCCCUUUCUGCCAGCAUAUAACUUGGUGCAACAAGAACUGGGUGUUUCAAAGGGGGAAGUGCACUUGAGAACUAGGUACUUGCUGUUUAAACUUUCUGCAGUGCAGAAAUAAAAUCUUUCUACUAGAUUUUCUGUAAAGCAAGCUGAAGGUUUGUUACAUUUACAAGCUUCUAGCUUGAGGCUCCUUGAGUACUAUAUUUCUAAGUGGACACCCAUUUCAUGCUACUACCUAUUUCCAAAUCUCGACUUUAUUAACCAUUAGUGUAGCAGUUAUGAAGCUUUGUGUAUCUUUCAUUUUGACUGAGUCAGGUGUUGAGCUUUUCACGUGUAGAUCUGAUAGAGAAUUGCACAAAAAAUAUAUAAUCUUUAAUUGGUAUUCUCUUGGUGAUAGGGGAAAUACUUUAGACUGUUGAGAUUUUGGACUACUGCAGCACUCUUCAAAUUGUGUUCCAAUUGGUCCAUUGAAAUGUAUCUUAAUAUCUGCAAAAAAAGGUAGAAACUCACUAUUAACUGGGAGAACCAGUAAAAAUUUGAAAUUUGCAGUUGGUAAAUGUGCAUCACCAUGUAAUUCAGUUUUAGUUUUAAUUUGAUACUUCACAACACACUAGUAAAUGGCUGUAAUAUGUCUAAAAAAAGUAAUGAAGUCUUAGUGAUAUAAGACCUCCCCACAACACUAAAAAAAUCUGAGUUGUGGUGGCACACAUGAUUAGUACACUAUGGUGAAUUAAAGUGCAAAAUUAGCAAGGUUCUACUGUAAUUAUUCCAAAUGGCUAGCUAAUCAAAUUUCUGCUUGUGCUAUGGGACUAAAGACUUCUAUUUCACCCCUUGGCUUUCACAUUCCACUCCCCCCCACCACCAUCCCGCUCCUUUUAUUUGAGCUAAAACAAGUUUCUCUGUGGGGAAGGAGGUUACUCUUGAUACCUUUGUUUCAGGUUAUUCAUAGUCAACUGGUACUCUUAAAUGUAUGUAUUUGAAUUAGCAAAUGUAUUGCUGAAGAAGAUGUGAAUUGAACUAAAACAACUUGUAUGGUACAAAAAACUGGAGCAUUUACUAGUGGGUUUUUUAUGGUACUCUUGAAAUAUUGAAUGUUUUUAUCCUUUAUUCAGUUUUUAUGAUGGUGUGAUGCAGCAAGCCUGUAACUUAACCAUUUGAUCACUUGUAUUGUAUCUUUGCCUGAAAUAUUAGAGGUCUGGAUGCCUGUCAGUUUUUAAUACAAGGGUUUUUUUUAUGGGUGUCCUUCUGAAUGGAUAUUUGAGCUAAGAAUCUGCAAAAGUCAAACUUUCAUUUUACUGAAAUAAACAAAUGCCAGUGA